AUGGACGUGGACGUAGACAUGGACGUGGACGUGGACGUGGACAUGGACGUGGACGUGGACGUGGAGGACAUGGACGUGGACAUGGACGUGGACGUAGACGUGGACGUGGACGUGGACAUGGACAUGGACGUGGACGUGGACGUGGACAUGGACGUGGAGAUGGAUGUGGACGUGGACGUGGACGUGGACGUGGUCGUGGACGUGAACGUGGACGUGGACAUGGACGUGGACGUGGAGGACUUGGACGUGGACAUGGACGUGGACGUGGACAUGGACGUGGACGUGGACGUGGACGUGGACGUGGUCGUGGACGUGGACGUGGACGUGGACGUGGUCGUGGACAUGGACGUGGACAUGGACGUGGACGUGGACGUGGACGACUUGGACGUGGACAUGGACAUGGACAUGGACAUGGACGUGGACGUGAACAUGGACGUGGAUGUGGACGUGGACGUGGACGUGGACAUGGACGUGGACGUGGACGUGGACGUGGAGAUGGACGUGGACAUGGACGUUUACAUGGACGUGGACAUGGACGUGGACGUGGACGUGGACAUGGACGUGGACGUGGACGUGGACGUGGACGUGGACGUGGACGUGGACGUGGACAUGGACGUGGACGUGGAGAUGGACGUGGACGUGGACGUGGACGUGGACGUGGACGUGGACGUGGACGUGGACAUGGACAUGGAAGUGGAGGUGGACGUGGACGUGGACGUGGACGUGGACAUGGACGUGGACGUGGACGUGGACAUGGACGUGGACGUGGACGUGGACAUGGACGUGAACGUGGACGUGGACGUGGACCUGGACGUGGACGUGGACGUAGACGUGGACAUUGUCGUGGACGUGGACGUGGACGUGGACGUGGUCGUGGACGUUGACGUGGACGUGAACGUGGACUUGGACGUGGACGUGGACGUGGACAUGGACGUAGACGUGGACGUGGAUGUGGACGUGGACGUGGACGUGGAGGACUUGGACGUGGACAUGGACGUGGACGUGGACGUGGACGUGGACAUGAACGUGGACGUGGACGUGGACGUGGAUGUGGACGUGGACGUCGACGUGGACAUGGGCGUGGACGUGGACGUGGACGUGGACGUGGACUUGGACAUGGACGUGGACGUGGACGUGGACAUGAACGUGGACGUGGACGUGGACAUGGACGUGGACGUGGACGUGGACAUGGAGGUGGACGAGGACGUGGACAUGGACGUGGACGAGGACGUAGACAUGGACGUGGACGUGGACGUGGACAUGGACGUGGACGUGGACGUCGACGUUGACAUGGACGUGGACGUGGAGGUGGACGUGGACGUGGACGUGGACGUGGACAUUGACCUGGACGUGGACAUGGACGUGGACGUGGACGUGGAUGUGGACGUGGACGUGGAGAUGGACGUUGACGUCGACGUGGACGUAGACGUGGACGUGGACAUGGACGUGGACGUGGACAUGGACGUGGACGUGGACGUGGAGGUGGACGUGGACAUGGACGUGGACGUGGACGUGGACAUGGACGUGAACGUGGACAUGGACGUGGACGUGGACAUGGACGUGGACAUGGACGUGGACGUGGACGACUUGGACGUGGACAUGGACGUGGACGUGGAUGUGGACGUGGACGUGGACGUGGACAUGGACAUGGACGUGGACCUGGACGUGGACGUGGACAUGGACGUGGACGUGGAGAUGGACGUGGACGUGGACGUGGACGUGGACGUGGACGUGGACGUGGACAUGGACAUGGAAGUGGAGGUGGACGUGGACGUGGACGUGGACGUGGACAUGGACGUGGACGUGGACGUGGACAUGGACGUGGACGUGGACGUGGACAUGGACGUGAACGUGGACGUGGACGUGGACCUGGACGUGGACGUGGACGUAGACGUGGACAUUGUCGUGGACGUGGACGUGGACGUGGACGUGGUCGUGGACGUUGACGUGGACGUGAACGUGGACUUGGACGUGGACGUGGACGUGGACAUGGACGUAGACGUGGACGUGGAUGUGGACGUGGACGUGGACGUGGAGGACUUGGACGUGGACAUGGACGUGGACGUGGACGUGGACGUGGACAUGAACGAGGACGUGGACGUGGACGUGGAUGUGGACGUGGACGUCGACGUGGACAUGGGCGUGGACGUGGACGUGGACGUGGACGUGGACUUGGACAUGGACGUGGACGUGGACGUGGACAUGAACGUGGACGUGGACGUGGACGUGGACAUGGACGUGGACGUGGACGUGGACAUGGAGGUGGACGAGGACGUGGACAUGGACGUGGACGAGGACGUAGACAUGGACGUGGACGUGGACGUGGACAUGGACGUGGACGUGGACGUCGACGUUGACAUGGACGUGGACGUGGAGGUGGACGUGGACGUGGACGUGGACGUGGACAUUGACCUGGACGUGGACAUGGACGUGGACGUGGACGUGGAUGUGGACGUGGACGUGGAGAUGGACGUUGACGUCGACGUGGACGUAGACGUGGACGUGGACAUGGACGUGGACGUGGACAUGGACGUGGACGUGGACGUGGAGGUGGACGUGGACAUGGACGUGGACGUGGACGUGGACGUGAACGUGGACAUGGACGUGGACGUGGACAUGGACGUGGACAUGGACGUGGACGUGGACGUGGGGACAUAG